CCCAAUGCAGACGUUGAAGUGUCAGAUUUCGUGUUUUUGUCAGCGAUGUUUUGGCACUGACGGUUCAAAAUGCCGAAGCUUUUUAGCGAUACUGUUCUUGAUGGAGAAUUGUGAUCGUGAUGCGUUUUAAUUGUCAACUCACGCCGACAUGGACUGUGUAGGGUCACCUCAGGCUGGGCUCUAGCCUUCUCUUCGGCCCAUGUAAAUACUGGACCCAGACGUCUGGAUUUCUAUGACACACCCAAUUUAUGCACAGCUAGAUUCGGUGGAAUCGCACUUGGACGAGCUCCCAUAUAUGUUUUAUCUGGGCCUGUUCUUUGUGAACGUGCUGAUCCUGUACUAUGCCUUUCUGAUGGAGUACAUUGUUCUGAAUGUAGGAAUCGUGUUUUUGCCCGAGGACAUGGACCAGGCGCUGGUGGACCUUGGAGUCCUUUCUGACCCCGCAUCGAUGCCCUAUGACACGGACACUGAGCUGGAUGUAUUUGAAGGCUAUCUUGAGUAACAAAGCCCCAUGGACUGAUGCUGAUAAAACAUGGGGCAGCAAAAACACUGCUUGGAUCAAUUGGGACAACCAUGUAUGCACCUCAGAAAAUGUCAAAGGGUAAGUGCUAACUAUAUUAAGGUGUCAAAUUAGGAGUGCCCUCAAUUAUAUUUUUAAUUUUUUUUAAAGGUUGUCCCGGCUCACAAAAAGGUAACCAGAGUGAAAGUGCUGCCAGCCACUUGUAGUGGCUGUCCACCAGGAAGAUGCAAAAAUGAAUAAGCAAGUACCUGCUUACUUGUAGGGUCUACAAGAAAUGAAUUAGUCUAAUUCUCAGGCUUGGUGUAACUGCUCACUGCAAAAAUCAACUUAAAAUGAUCUGAGUUGGUACUGUGAAAUAAACAGUGAGCAGUGGUGACAUAUAAAGGAUGUCUAAACAAUUGCUGCCAAUUAUUUAGACACCACUGUUGAGAAAAGUAACAGCGAGUGCUUUAGUUUAGAAAGAAAGAAAGUAUUUUUAUUUAUAUCUUAAAAGCAAAUUGCAAAAGCCUCGCUACUUACAAGGAAUAUUUGAGAUGCUGUUAUGUUUUCCCAUGAAACUAAAAGAAACACAGUGAAGAUGAAACACCCAGCUGUCAUGAGCAUCUGCAGAGCCCUUUGGUCACUGGCUUAUACGAGUAGGCUGACACUUUGUUGUGCCAAUAAUUAGUUUGAUUUCCCUUUGUUAACAGCAUGACUGUAUGACAUUGUAAAAUGUUUUUAAAUGGAUGUUGCUUACAACUGUCCAUUGUCUUGUUUUAUAGUGGUCUGUUCUUUAGGGUUUUCUUUAAAGAUGUUUUAAUGUAGUUCUCAUCAUCAUAAAUAAGCACUUGCAAGGACAGAGGAAUGUCCUGAAACCAGUGGAAGCUGAAGUCCACUGCAGAUGUGUGUGAAUACCCUGCAUGUUUCUCGGAUCAUGCAUUGUUUUAGUGAGUUGGUAAAGGCUGGUUUGUACUUUAGAGUCAAGUUGACAUAGAUGCUCCACGACACAUCAGACAGCCAAAUAGAAAGCCUGCAGUAGCUGCUGUGCACCUCCAAAAAGUUACUUUGCGUCAAAGCUCUUUGAUUGGUUGAUCCACAGUGACUCAAAGAUAUGCAGAUAGAAGAAACUGGAAAAUACUUGAGGUUCGUACUUCCCUGCACGAGCCUGUUGUAAUAGUUCUGUCUAACUGAAUACAUAAAUAAAAAUGAAAUCUUUAGCAUUCCCACAACAUUCCCCCUGAUAUCUGACGUAGAAGCUCGAAUGGUUCAGGUCUGCAGCUUGAUGCCAGUCCCCACUGAGCACUGCUCAACCCUGAGGUAUAAACCAGCCUUAACACAGUUUGAGCUGUGACAAGCUCUUCUUCAGCAGAACUCACAUGAGCUCUGUGCCGCUCCUCAUUGUGUAGUUUGAGGAAGAAAGCCAUAAUUUAAACAGGUAUAAAGUAUUGUAAAAUGCAGACAGGGUCCAUAUUUGGCAUUAAUCAAAUAACUUGAUCAUAUUUAUUUUAUGUUUAGUAGUUGUUUUUUUGGAGUGUCACAUGCUGACCUAUGACUAGGUUUAAAUGUAUAAAGUCAACUUCAUGAUACUCACUAAAGCAGGGCUAGCUGCUCACACACAUGGAUAUGGCUCUACAUAAGCUGCUCACUUCACUCAGACUAGGACAGACUUCACUCAUCCUCCAUCUGCAUCUGGUCCCAUAUGCUGCUAUUGUAGCAUUUUGUAUUUUGUUCUCAAAAUGUAUUUAAUAAACUAAGGCAAUUCAAUUGCCAACAUGA